GCUGCGCUGCAUGAUCGAGUUAGUAAGCUUUAUGAAACUAUGACAACAUGACCCCUGACCAGCUGUUGCACAUACGGGUUUCCUCUUUGAUUCAGGACUUGUACAUGCUAAAUUGUAGAGCAGAUCUGAGACCCAAAGUCGUAGAAGAAACACCAUGAGCCUUGCUGGAAACAACUCUUUCGUCUUCUCAUUCAAACUCAACAAUGUUCUCAUCAAUGUUGUGGGAAGUGUCUUUGUACGGCUCACCAUCUUGUCUCCAUUAAGGAAGGAUCUUUUGAAGGAUGUUGUCAACCAAUCAGGCGAGUCUGGAGAAGAGGUCAAAGGUCACAUAUUUGUCACUGAUGCGGUGACAAUAUCUCCCGAGUCCCAGCAUGGAUAUCACUCAUUGACCAAAAAUGAUGUCACAUUCUAUUUACCUAAAGGCUUAUGUCAAGACGGAAGAGGUAAAGAGGUGAGCCUGGAGAUAGCCGUCUUUGAUCAGAUAGAGAAUGUGAAGUUAGCCGAGGCUUCAUUCCUCAUUCACCCAAGAGAUAAGAAAAGCUCACAUGUUGGACCCAGCGAUGAGAUAUACCAAAAAUCUGGAGAAUUGUUACUUGUCACAACACUUAAAGAGGAAUCUAUCCUAGUCCAGCUUGGCAAAGUGAAAUAUGAAGCCAGCCUACGAUUACAAGAUACCCCCUCACCAAUCCCCUCCACCCCAUCCCCUCUACCUUCCCCUACCAUGGUGCCUACACCAGAGCCAGAACCCCUACCAGAAGAGAUACCAGACCCCCAGCCAGAACCUCCCCCUGUGGCUGUACCAGAACCAGAGUCGGAACCGGUAGUCAGGCAGCGCACUCCAACCCCACCUCCUAUGCCACCUGUGGUAACCUUUGACCCUCCAAAGCGUAGAGAACCCAGCAAACCAUCGGGUAUGGUAGCACUUCCAAAUCAUGAGGAAGUAGUUGUAAUCAUUCAUGCUGCCAGUGGCCUGACUCUCCUCCAGGACAACUCUACCCCUCGCCCUUAUGUACUAGGAAAAAUUGUACCUGGUUCUUCCAAAGGCAAGACAGCUGUUCCUCAGGCAAAGGCUCCCUGGCAUAGCACCCACUCUACUGUUGAUCCUACUCUGAGUCCUAUAUGGGAGGAUGUUAUUUGUUGUAAAAUACCUGCCCCUGAAAGUUCCUCAACUCAAUCUGAUGUUCUGACGUUGAAGAUUGUUGAUCAACCUACCAGAAUUGACAUCUCUACAUUUGAGCUCCCACUCUUCUUGCUUGAACCAUUUCAUCACUAUCACUUAGACCUAGUACAGGCGAUACCUUUAUCACCCAGUUCAAUCCAUCUCUAUGUUACCGUCUAUCGUAAGCUCAGCAUGCUACCUGAAUGUGGAGAUUUCUCCUUCCAUGGUCUUGAAGUAAGACUAGUAUCAGUGGACCAUCAUCUUUAUGAUGCUAUGGGUUGCAUCAUGGCUGUUACCAAGAUUGUUCCUGAUUAUCAGAAGUAUAGAGAUGCCUUUCAAGACCACACUCAUCUCCUGAGUGUGGAACCAUUAGUGGUGGAGAUGCCGGUCCCUCAUCCAUCUUCGUUUCUCACUGCAACCAGGGGUAAACAUCAAGGUUAUUCACAGCUGUGGCUAGCUGAUGUUUCUGAAAUCACACAGCCCAAGUGGGACCAUUCCUUUGUCUUCUGCCAUGAAAGGGAGCUGGCAUCCAUGUUUGUCAGCACAGCAGCCGUGGUGGUUGAGCUUUAUGAUGUCAAUUCAGCCUAUGAUGGGACGAGAUGGCACCCUCAGAAACCUAUUGGAUUUGCAGUGGUUCUCUUGGAUAACAGGGUUUAUAAUGCUUUGACCAAUGACAGAGGGAAAUUAGGUGUUCGGAUUCCUAAUAUACCGCUUCAGAUGUGUAUUUUACCAACUCGUGGCAAGCAGACGCCUUCCAUCUCAAUUGCACUCAGGUUACUUACAUCUCGGGUUCCAGAUUCUUUACCAUCCGUGUCUAAAUUGGACACCCUGCCGUCAGUCGAUGGUUUUGUCUCUCCUGAGACUCCCAGAGACCUCUUACCUCCAGCUGAACCCACCACUGGAGGUUUGAACCCAGAACCCGUCUAUUCUCCACCUACUACGCCUCUGCCUCAACCACUCUAUGAUGUGAUAGUUAUAGACACCAGGAAAAAGCUGUCCUUGAAAGAUGAUGACCUCCCACCCAGUGAUGCCCUUCAGAAUCUUUUGGAUUCUAAUCCUCAAGAUCGCUUGGUUCAGCCUGGAGAGAAGCCUACAUCUACCAAAGGAUUGAUACCUACCAGGCUCCCGCCCCCUUCAGACAAGCCACAAUCAAAGGGAGGGAAAUCCCCUGUCAGUGGAGGUCAAAAUGAUCAGACGCUUCUCAACCUGAUCGACUCACAGCAGAGGGAGAUUGAGAGCUAUCGGCAGGCUAUGAAGAGGAUGGGAGAGGAAAUGGUACAGCUACAGGACGCCCUCACAAGGAUAGAAGCAGACAACUCGCGCCUUCGUCAGCAGGCUAACAUGUAUGAGGAUACGACCAGGGCGAUGGUGACUGAUGCUAAGCUAGAAGGCAUGAGCAAGGCAGAGAUGCUAGAGAAAUAUGUGACAUUGAAGCAGUCCCUUUCAAAACAGGUAGCAGAAGCUGCUAACUACAGAGAAAAACUCCUUCAUGCACAGAAUGACCUGAUAAAGCACAAUGACAGGGAGAAGCGAUACCUGGAUCAGCAGGAGGCCUUGCUUUCCCAGUCAAAGCUCCUUCAGGAGAGGCAGGAUAAGGUCAAGAAGCUGGAGCAGGCUUGUAGGGAGCAGGAGAAAGCACUGGAGAAGAUGGAUAAAGCAUUGAAAGGAAAGAUAGGCAAGCAGGGAGUCCGAUUUAAAGAAGAAUCACAAGAGACUACAGCACUAUCAGCAGAUAAUGCCAGAUUAAAAGCAGAACUAGAACAUAUGAAAGCUCUAUCUGCUUCACAACCAAGGGGAGGUUCAGCAAAUGAAGCUGAGAAGCUAAAGAUGCAAUACAUGUUAGAGAGAGCCGAGAGCAGAGUAUCCUCCUUAGAAAGAGAGCUCCUAGGAAAAGCCAAAGAAUGGGGAAAAGAGAAGGCAAACAUAUCACUAAGAUCAGACGAUUCCUUGAGACAACGCUCAUUACCACCCUUACCUUACUAUGACAGAGGUAAACCACGACAGGACUAUACCGAUGCAUACACAGAGAGGUCCUAUGGAGGAAGAAGACCUAGACUAGGAUAUGGGACACCUACAAGACUGAGUCCCCUCUACUAGACCAAAAGGCCAGAUAUGUCCUAUCAUGGAAGAAGAUCUAGACUAGGAUAGGGACCUCUACAAGACCGAGUCCUCUCUACCAGACCAAAAGGCCAGAUAGAUCCUAUGGAGGAAGAAGUCCUGGACUAGGCUAUGGGGCACCUUGAAGUCCUCUCGACUAGAUCAAAAAGGUCAAAUGUGUCUCAUAGAGGAAGACUACCUAGAGACUAUGAUAUUGGACACCUGCCAAGUCCUCUCUACUAGAUCAAAGGACUAAAUAGUUCUUAUGGUGGUAGAUGACCUAGACUAGGAUAUGGGACAACUACUAGGUCCUCUCUUCUAGACCCAAAGGCCAGAUAGGUCUUAAUGUGCAAGAAAACCAGACUAGGAUACAGGAAAAUACAUUUUCUUUUCUUAGCAGAAGUAUCCGAUUAGCAUAACAAUGCUUGCGUGAGGAGUGUCUGAAUUCCUAAACAUUCGGAAUUCACUGACCGAGUUCGACACAGCACAGUACGGACGUCUUAUUUUCAACGCUUCUUCCACGUGUUAAACUCUAUAGGCCUUAUCGUAAUAGAUCUACGUUUGGAUUCGAUGUUAAAUAUAAAAUAAUGGCGAAUCAAGAAAUUAACCUCGGGUUAUGCCACAAAUUAAAGGCAGUUUCAGAAAAUUUUACUCAAUAAUCUGGAGUCUCUUCGCCUUCUUGUAAGCAAUGCUACAAAGGAAGCAUUGGCUCGUUUAAAGAUUGGGCUGGCUGUUUGAUUAUGUUGAUUCUCGAUACAUUGCCCGGGUCAGCGGAGCUUCUACAACUAAAAAAGGGCGUCGGAGAUGUCUUUCGAAAGGUAAUAAGGUUCAAUAUGAAUAUAAUUCUAGACGCCAGGAGGAGUUGGAUAAGAAAUUUGCCUUAUUAGAGUAAGGUAAGCAGCGGGCGCAGCCCUUGCUUUGCUGAAGUAAGGUAUUGCAGAUAUAAUUAAAAGGAAGAAACAUAUCAGAAAAGCAGAUGAAUCUGAAGCAGGUUAGUGAGAUAAAGAUGAAUGAAAAUUCCAAACUAGGCUAUUGCUUUUGAAAUUUAUGAACGGUUGUACAUAAUAGAUAUGGCCUUAUGUUGUUAAUGGAAGCUGUUCGUUUUUCAGCGGAAUUACUUUAUGACUUAAUUAUGGGAGAUUAAUCAAAUAAAUAUAUAGAGAUCAUUUUUAUAUUUUAGGUUGGUCCGCAUUGGAUGAAUACUGAUGAGGGAGAAAAGAAUGAGGCAAGCUCAGGCUUGUGUAAAUAGAAAGCGUAAGUUAUUUCGUUCAACAAACAAAGGUUAUAUUGGGCAAGAAUGUUGGAAAUUUUCAAGGUUCUUCUACUACUUCCGACAACUUAUUUCGUAUACCCUUUGGGUCAAGAAAUCGAUAUUCGCUUGGCAGUGUCGCCAACUUAUAUGUACAAAAUAGUUGGCGCGGGUAUGCAAGUUGCCUCAGACCACCGACGAACGUUUUGCCUGUGGUAGACAUGGGCACUGGAGAAGUUGCCCAGGUAUCAGGAAGCAAGAUUCAUCCGUCAGAGAUAACAAUGCUCAACAGAGUUAAAUGAUCCAUUGAUCAUGGUCAAACUGAGCAAGGUAAAUGUCAGUUUUGUUCUGUAUUUGACGAAGUGUGGUAUUUGAGAACUGAAGAGUAGAAUGAUCAGAAGGGCGUAGCAAAGGAAUCUAUUCUUGAUUCUACCUAGUCCAUAAUUAUAUGUUAAGAAAAGAUGUGUUAUUUUGGUUGAAUUCCACCUCUUACUAAUGAACCUAGACAUAGAUAUGACACAGAUCAAACAAUCUGGAAUAUAUUGACUACUCCUGGUCCGUCAGCGGGCCCUUCUAAAUUAAGAAAUACAGAAACAGAGCAUUGUUGAAUUUGUUUCGGUUGGGAAACAUCGAGUAACGUUAGUGUUGAUUCGACAAGAUGUGCAGGGUAGGAGGAAGAAUUUUAUUUGAGAAAUUAUGAGUAUGAUCAAUGAAAUUCAGAACCUUUGGUUAAAGGUAGAUUGAAUGCUUCCUUACAAUUUGGAAAUCAACUGAUGCAUCUCAAUUUGUUGUAGAUGUCAAUGAACAUGGUUACAAAUUACCUUACAAUAAGAUGAUAAGUCAGCAUUGACAUCGAUCCCGAUUUCGUUUCUGAAGCCAUUAACGAAUUAUUAUUAAAAAGGGUUUGGUUGUUGAAUCCACCACUGCACCCCAUGAGGUUAUCCCCUUUCAGAUUCAAUUCAGAGUUCAGAUAUAAAAAGAGACUGAUUUUUGGUUAACGUUAUGUCAACUAACACUUGUGGAAGAACACUAUUAUACUUGAAGACUGGAAUGUAGUCAUGUCUUAUUUAAAACAGGGAGAUUUUAAGCUUUCCUUUGAACUUAAGCAAGGUUAUCAUCAUUAUUACAUUUUUCAAGUGCAUGAAAAAUUGUAGGCUUUAGUUGGGAUUUUGGUAGUGGUACAAGGUUUUUCUCCUUUUAGGUGUUGUCAUUGGGUUGGCAACAGCUACCUUUGUUUUCAUUACACGAUUUAAGCCUAUCGUUAAUCAUUGGCGUAUAGAAAUGGUAUUUUCAUUUUUUUUUUGUAUAUAGAUGAUUGGGUCGUGCUGCUUCCUUUGAUUCGUAUGAUACUAUGGUCAAGACGGUGAAAAAUGACUUACUUGAAGCAGGUUUGAUACCAAAUGUUGAGAAAUAUCUCAAUGGACUCCUGUCCAGUGUUUGGAUUGGUUAGGAAUACCACGGGAAAGCAGAGUAGCUUAUAUAAAGAUUACUGAAAGAAGGAUGAAGGAUCUUGAGUUAUGUUCAGAUUCAUUUCAAGCAGAAUUGCCUGAGGUUUCAGAACGAAAGAUCGUAGUUAUAGUUGGAAAGAUACAUUGUAUCCAGUGUUUGGCACAGUUACUCAAAUUAAAACCAGAUUUAUGCAUCACGAAAUCAUCCGGAGGGUACAUUGGGAUAGGACAUAAUGUGAUCAAUAGUGAUGAAUUAAUAUUCGUGUUCUUCUUCUGGAGAAGAAUUUGCAUAUUCUUAACGUAAACAUUAUUUCUGCUUAUUCAGUUCCACAGACUUUCAUCUAUUCUGAUGCAAGUCCAUCAGGCUGCGGGGCCUGGGUUUCUGAGUGCGCAGGCAUGAAAUGGGAUGAGAUUGGUUUGAGUUUGAAAUGGUUAAAAACUCCACUUGGAGAGAACUCAAGUCAGUAAGUAUGACACUGCAAACAGUUGUAUCUCACAUGAGACAUAAAACUGUCAAGGUCCUCUGUGAUAAUAAAGGAGUAGGAUCGAUUGUAAAUAAAGGAAGUAUGAUUGCAGAAUUGCAUGAGAUGAGUUUACACAUCUUUGAGUUGUGUAAAAGAAACAACAUUAGUCUUCACGUUCAUUGGGCUCCCAGAGAGGAGAACCGUUUUGCAGAUGCAUUAAGUCGCAUGAUAGAUUUUGAUGAUUGGGGUGUGUCAGAUGAAUUUUUCGGAUUUUUGGACAAAAUCUGGGGCCCUCACACUGUGGACAGACUUGCGGACGAUUUUAAUUUCAAAAUUAAGAAGUUCAAUUCUAAAUAUUGGUGUCCCCUAAUAGAUCAUGUUGAUCCCUUCUCAUGUGAUUGGUCGGGCGAGAAUAAUUGGUUGGUUCCACCUAUCGAAUGUAUAGCAUGUAUAGGGCAAGUACUUAAGCAUCUGAAGGUUUUGUUCUGCUAGGGGGACUUUGGUUGUUCCCUUCUGGCCGUCUGAACCCUUCUGGCCGAUUCUUUUCUCUGAACAAAGUGAUUUUCGUUCCUUAUUCUCUGAAUACUUCAAAAUUGAUAAUCCUCAAGGAAUUUUCGUUCAAGGCAGAAAUAAUAAUU